AUGGCACAAAGCAAUUGCACGCAAGUGACCGAGUUCACCUUGGCGGGGUUCACAGAAGAGCCAGUGACCCAGGUCAACUUGUUUCUGCUCUUUCUGCUCACCUACCUUGUCACCAUCCUGGGCAACCUCAGCAUCAUCAUCUUAAUCAGGGACAGCCCCCAGCUCCACUCCCCCAUGUAUUAUUUCCUGGGCAACCUGGCCUUUAUAGACCUCUGUUGUUCCACCAUCAUCACCCCCAAGAUGCUGGUUGACUUGAUGUCGGAGAAGAAGAGCAUUGCUUAUGCUGGGUGCGUGGCUCAGAUCUUCCUCUUUGAUCUCUUUGGAAUGACCGAGUACUUCCUCCUGGCUACGAUGGCCUAUGACCGUUACGUGGCCAUUUGCCAUCCCCUGGUGUAUCCCCUUGUCAUGUCUCCAAAGUGCUGUUUCCAGCUGGUGACUGGCUCGUACCUCCUGGGGCUGACCAAUGGUGUGGGACAGACCAUCAGCAUGUCCAACCUGUCCUUCUGCAGCUCCAGCACCAUCAACCUGUUCUUCUGUGACAUUUCCCCUCUGAUCUCGCUCUCUACCUCCGACACCACCCUCAAAGAAAGCAUGACACCUGUCAAUCACACUGAUGUGCAUGAGUUCAUUCUUUUGGGGCUGACCACCCGCCGAGACCUCCAGGUUCCCCUUUUUAUGGCUUUCCUGGCCAUGUACAUGGUGACCCUUUUGGGGAACUUUGGGAUCAUUGUAUUAAUCAGGACUGAUCUUCACCUUCACACCCCCAUGUACUAUUUCCUCAGCCACUUGGCUUUUGUCGACAUCUGCUACUCCUCCAUCAUCCUCCCCAAAAUGCUGGUGCAGAUCUUGACGGUGGAGAAAAUCAUCAGCUUCUCGGGGUGCGCAGCCCAGCUCUGCUUCUUCGUCAUUUUUGGGGUCACCGAGUGCCUCUUACUGGCUGUGAUGGCCUAUGACAGGUAUGUGGCCAUCUGCAAACCCCUUCUGUACCCCACCAUCAUGUGUGGAUGGAUGUGCUGGUGGCUUGUGGCUGGUUCCUACGCUGUCGGUGUCUUCCACGCAGUGACCCACACCACUUUCAUCUUUACCUUCUCCUUCUGCCGCUCCAAUCUUAUUAACCACUACUUCUGUGACAUUGCCCCACUCUUAGCUCUGUCCUGCUCCAACACCCACACCUACGAGGUGGUCAUCCUUGCUCUCGUCAGCAUAAACUGUCUCAGCACCAUGACCAUCAUCAUCUCCUAUGCUUAUAUCCUCCCUGCUGUCCUGAGGAUCCACUCAAAGGAAGGCAGGAGAAAAGCCUUCUCCACUUGCACAUCCCACCUGAUGGUCGUCACCAUGUUCUAUGGGGCGAUCUUGUUCAUGUACCUGCGCCCCAGCUCCACCUUUGCGCUGGAUGAGAACAAAACGGCCACGUUAUUCUACACCAUCAUGACCCCGACGCUGAACCCCUUGGUCUACAGCCUGAGGAACAGGGAGGUGAAGGCUGCCCUGAUGAGAGUGGUUGGGAGAAGGCAGUGA